AUGGAAGUUAAGAAAAUAGAUCCAACCGCCCAUGUUAGUUCUAACACGGCGGAUAAUGCCAAACCUGUUACCGCAAUAACAAGAAGUUCGAACAUUACUUUCCAAGUUCCAAGUACUCAUAAUAUGGUGCGUUCAUUGUUUGAUCCCACACUAAGGAAAUCAUACUUGGAACUAUGCAUUACAUUUUCACUUAUAGCAAAUUGCGUGCUAUGUUACUAUUGUUAUAGAAAACUUGGCAGCGAAUGGACAGCUAACUUUUAUCUCUGUCAGUACAUAAUAUGGCGAUUAUCGUAUAAUGUUGGUCUUGGUGCAAUCCUACAUUAUCAAUCACGCUCUGAAUUUUUGACUAAGUUUGCAAGCAAGUACGGUUUAUUUGACAAAUUGAUGGCCCAGAAAUCGAUGUUAGCGUCAGUUUGUCAGCUGGAAAUAUCCUCCAAGAUGCCUGAUGAUUAUAACUUUUCAAGUUAUCCUCCAGAGUUCAAUGUUUGGCUUUUAUUUAGACAACUUGUGGACUUAAUUUUGAUGCAAGAUUUCACAGCUUAUAUGUUGUAUGUUGUGUUGUCGAUUCCAAAAGACAUGUCCUGGUCGGUAUUGGCAACAUUUAGUAUGACAAGUUUGAGGAUUUACGUUGGUACGGUUAUGCUACUAUUCAAUGUCUGGGUAAAAAUGGAUGCUCAUAGAGUCGUAAAGGACUAUGCCUGGUACUGGGGAGAUUUCUUCUUUUUACUCAAAGACUCCAAUUUGAUCUUUGAUGGAGUAUUUAAUAUUUCUCCUCAUCCAAUGUAUUCAAUUGGUUAUCUGGGAUAUUAUGGUGUAAGUUUGAUCACGGGUAAGUAUCAAGUAUUGCUUGUUUCAUUGGUGGGACAUCUGGCUCAGUUUUUAUUUUUGAAGUAUGUUGAAACGCCUCAUAUCGAACGCACUUAUGGCUCAGAUGAACCGGACGAUUUGGAAAGGAUAGAUGAUUUGAUUAUCAAGAAUAACCACAAUUAUACAAGGCCCUUAAGAUCUACUCUGUUCGCUUUCUGUAACUUUGAUCCACUGAGACCAUCCGAUUACAUAACUGUGGGGGUUACAAUCGGAUGUGUAGUUUCUGUGCUUUCUUUGUCUCCAUCCUCGCAUACUAUGUUUCUCCUGGCCUUUUCAACAAUGCUUUUUUCAUCUAUGAUCACCAUAUUUAUUUUACAUCAGCAAUCUAAGAAUAAGUGGUUUACUAAAUUAUUUUUAAGAAACGGAUAUACCCAAUUAUACAGUUAUCAGACAUGGCAGUUUCUAUCCAAUUUCACUUUGACCAUUUCCUAUGUGAUGCUAGCUCUACAGACAUGGACAGAAUUUAGAAAGAUUGAUAAGCAUGAUUACACUAUGGUUAUUUUUGGUUUUAUAUUGGUUGCUGUGCAUGUAUGGUCCGAUAUGGAAAUAUUAAACGCUAUUUCUGAGUUUGGAUGGUUUUAUGGUGAUUUCUUUUUAACGAACUAUAUCAGAAAACCAAAGUUGGCUUCUCACGGUAUAUAUAGAUACUUGAACAAUCCUGAGUGUGUUCUAGGUAUUGCUGGUCCCUGGGGAACUAUUUUGAUUACUGACCUGAGCGUUUAUAACAUCGCGCUUGCAACAUUGUGGACUAUCAGUAACUAUUUACUUGUGAAAUUUGUAGAGGCUCCUCAUGUUGCGAAAGUUUAUGGAAGUGAUACCUUGGAAAGACAGAGUGGUAUCAGUAGGACUUUGUUGGCAUUCGGUCCAAUAAAGGAAAUUUCACACUAUAUGGAUAAUUUAGCAUUUACCGUCGUUGAAAUGUUAAGCGCCAACGCUAAAGAUAGAGAACAAUUAGAAAGUGAAUUGUUAAAGGCCUUGCAGUCAACUUCUAUAAAAUAUGGGCCACAUUGUGAGCUUGAAAUAGUUUCUCAUAAGACUAGCGGUGAAGCUAGUGCAACCAGCCAUGAAAUCACUCUUCCAAUUGGAGAAGCUGUUGAAGUUAGCUGGAAACUACCAACUGGCAUUUAUAACAAAAAUGACUGGAUUGGACUAUAUAAGGUUUUUGAAACGGGUGAAGAUAGAAGUGUAACUCUUGUUUCCUCUGGUGGGCAUUGGUCAGCAACUUGUCCAAACUCAUACCAAAAGUACAAGUUUGCCUACGAAGGGGUAAUAGAUUUUGAAACAAAUGAUGUAUUUACUAGUGGUAAAGUUGUUUUCAAUCAUAACUUGCUCUACUUCGAGAGCGGAGUUUACGAAUUUAGAUAUCAUAGCAAUGCCGGGCACAAGGUUUUAAUGUUGACCCCACCCUUCAAAAUUAAUCUUCCAGUAUUAAACUUAACGUCAGUCGAAGAAUUCUACACAUCUACAGUGAAAUUAUUGAAUGAUUGUCACUGCUUGGAUGACGACGGACGCUUCUCUCCACAGAAGAAUAAAUAUUUCAAUGAGAGGACACUGCAAAAGUUAUUCAAAUAUGCUACAGGUGCUGACAUAUCUACAGACUUUAUGAGACGUGUCGACUAUGAUAUGAAAAUCAUCACAGAUAGAAUUUUUGAAAUCAAAAAGAUCUUGGAUUCAUUGCGUUAG